AUGGCCGGCGCGGCGCCUCAUGUCAUGGUGCUGCCGUUCCCGGCGCAGGGCCACGUCACCCCGCUCAUGGAGCUGUCGCACCGCCUCGUCGACCACGGCUUCCAGGCGCUGGACGGGAUCCGCCUGGUCUCCAUACCGGACGGCCUGGCCGACGGCGACGACCGGAGGGACCUGUGCAAGUUUCUCGACGGGAUCUCGCGGUGCUUACCAGGCUAUGUCGAGCAGCUCAUCAGGGAGACGAAGGUGAGGUGGCUCCUCGGCGACGCCAACAUGGGGCUGUGCUUCGAGGUUGCCAAGAAGCUCGGCGUCCGCGUCGCCUGCAUCUUCCCGGCGUCCGCGGCGGGCCUUGGCACGUUGCUCCGGCUUCCCCAGCUGAUAGAGGACGGCUUCUUCGAUGACAAGGGCUUCCCGAAACGUCGAGGUGCAUUCGAGAUCGCCCCCAACAUGCCGCCGAUGUACACGUCGCACAUGCCGUGGAGCAUCGACGGCGCCGCCGAGGGGCAGGAGGUAUCCUUCCGGCUGGUGUCCAGGAACACCCAGGCGACCAGGCUCGCCGAGAUCAUCGUGUGCAACUCGUUCCUCGACGCCGAGACCGCGGCGUUCGAGCUGUUCCCCAGCAUAGUGCCCAUCGGCCCGCUGUUCGCCGACCAGGGGUUCCGGAAGCCCGUCGGGCAGUUCUUGCCGGAGGACACGGGGUGCCUGAAGUGGCUUGACGCCCACACCGACAAAUCCGUCGUGUACGUGGCCUUCGGCAGCUUCACCAUCUUUGACCCGCGGCAGUUCCGUGAGCUCGCCGAGGGGCUGGAGCUCACCGGCCGGCCGUUCUUGUGGGUCGUGCGCCCGGACUUCACGACCAACGGCCUGAGCAAGGAGUGGUUCGACGAGUUUACGAACCGCGUCGCCGUCAACGGCAGAGGCAUGAUCGUUAGUUGGUGUCCCCAGCAGCAGGUCCUCGCACACCGCGCGGUGGCGUGCUUCGUGUCGCACUGCGGUUGGAACUCGACGAUGGAGGGGGUCAGAAAUGGCGUGCCCAUCCUGUGCUGGCCGUACUUCGUUGACCAGUUCGCGAACCGGAGCUACAUCUGCGAUAUCUGGAGGACCGGACUGGCCGUGACGCCCGGUGAAGAUGGCGUCGGGACAAAGGAGGAGGUGGCCGUCAAAUUGGGAUUGGGCCAUGUCAUGCCCCUCAUGGAGCUCUCCCACCGGCUCGUCGGCCACGGCCUCGAGGUGGACUUCGUGAACACGCACUACAACCACGACCGCGCCCUCAAGGCCAUGGCCGCCGAGAGAGGAGCCGUUGACCCGGACGGCAUCCACAUGGUCUCGCUCCCGGACGGCAUGGGCCCUGAUGGCGACCGCACUGACAUCGCCUUGCUGGGCAGCGGCUUGCCGGCGGCCAUGCUCGGCCCCCUCGAGGAGAUGAUCAGGUCCAAGAAGAUCAAGUGGCUGAUCGCCGAUGCGUCCAUGUGCUGGGCGAUGGAGCUGGCCGCCACAGCGGGCGUCCGCGUCGCCCUGUUCUCGACUUUCUCGGCCGCCGUGUUCGCGCUCCGGCUGCACGUGCCCAAGCUGAUCGACGAUGGCGUCCUCGACGAGUCUGGGAACGUGAAGAGGAACGAGACGAUCCAGCUGAGCCCCAAGAUGCCGCCGAUCGAGGCUGCCGAGCUACCAUGGGUCCGUGUGAGCAGCUUGCCGGAGAGACGCAGGUUGAUGAUUCAGAUCUUGCUCAAGACCAACCCCGUGAUACCGCUGGCCGCCAUCGUCAUCUGCAACACCUUCGAGGGGAUCGAGUCGGAGGCGCUGGAUCUCGUCCCCAACGCGCUGCCCGUCGGCCCCCUGGAAGCGCCGGCGGCGUCGAGGUCUGCUGGCCAACUCUGGCCGGAGGACCCGGUGUGCCUCCCCUGGCUCGACGCGCAGGCCCGCGGCUCCGUCAUCUACGUGGCGUUCGGGAGCUUCACCGUCUUCGACGCGGCGCAGAUCCAGGAGCUCGCCGACGGGCUGGACCUCACGGGCCGGCCUUUCCUUUGGGCGGUGCGACCGAACAUCACCGCCGGAAUCGGAGAAGACUGGUUCGACGAGUUCAGGCGCCGCGUAGAGGGCAAGGGGCUGGUCGUGGGCUGGGCACCGCAGCAGCGCGUGCUCUCGCACCCCGCCGUCGCCUGCUUCGUGUCGCACUGCGGGUGGAACUCCACCAUGGAAGGCAUGCUGCACGGCGUGUCGUUCCUCUGCUGGCCCUACUUCGCCGACCAGUUCGCCAACCAGAGCUACAUCUGCAACGUGUGGGGCACCGGCGUCAAGGUCCACGCCGACGAGAGAGGGGUCGUCACCAAGGACGAGAUCAAGAACAAGGUCAAGCUGCUGCUGGGUGACGAUGGGAUAAAGGCAAGGGCGACUACGUGGAAGGACGCAGCGUCUACGAGCAUCGCAGAGGGAGGCUCGUCAGAUGAGAACCUGCUCAAGCUUGUGAAAUUGCUAACACAACAAUAG